CCACAGAUGUUUUCGAUGAGGUUUACCUAUUGUAUUGUUUGUCCUGAACAGAUUACAGGUCCGGAUGGGAAGCAGAUCUAUAAAGGAGACCGUGAGUCCAGCGGCAAGUAUUCUGUAGCCGCCCAUAUGGACGGGAUCUACAAGUUCUGCUUCAGCAACAAGAUGUCCACCAUGACCCCUAAGAUUGUGAUGUUCACCAUCGACAUCGGCGAGGCACCUAAAGGACAGGACAUGGAGACAGAGGCUCAUCAGAAUAAGCUGGAGGAGAUGAUCAACGAGCUGGCGGUUGCCAUGACGGCGGUCAAACAUGAGCAGGAAUACAUGGAGGUCCGAGAGAGAAUACACCGCGCAAGUAAGACAUCCGCACUGAUCGCGUCACCACCGCUGUCGUCAUUGAAUUUUACGCAAUUAUUAUUUUGCAAGGUUUUUGAAAACAGUGAACACAUGUGCAUGUUUAAAUGCCCUUUGAAUUAUUAUUUAUAUAAUUUCAAUUUUGACAUUGCAUGA